CUCAUUUCUGUAACUAGUAUCAAAUUAUCAUCAAAUUAAGUUCGAUGGUCAAGCUUGUUUCAUGAUGACUAGUCUUAACUUCGAUGCCCAAGAUGGGAUUUUGAGAAGCUUUUCGGAUGCACCACCAACUCAUUACACAGUAAAAAUACAGUCCCUUUCAUUGCUGACCAAAAAUUCUUUGGAGAAAUAUGAAUCAGGGGACUUUGAAGCUGGAGGGUACAAAUGGAAACUGGUUUUCUAUCCAAAUGGAAACAAGAGCAGGAAUGUGAAAGAUCACAUCUCUCUCUACUUGGUAAUGUCUGGUGCAAAUGCUACCCAGAUUUCUCGGGAAGUGUAUGCUGUUUUCAGGUUGUUUUUACUUGAUCAGAAUAAGGGCAACUAUUUGGUUCUUCAAGAACAAAAUGAAAGGCGCUUCCACGGGAUGAAGCUCGAUUGGGGAUUUGAUCAGUUCCUCUCUCAGAAAGCUUUUACUGAAGCUUCCAAUGGAUUUCUCUUAGAUGACACCAGUGUGUUGGGAGCAGAGAUCUUUGUUUGUAAAGAGAGAAGUACAUGCAAAGGAGAGUGUCUAUCAAUGGUAAAAGAUGCCGUGAUGUACAAGCAUGUUUGGAAAAUUGACAACUUCUCGAAGUUAGAUGCGGAAUUCUAUGACUCAAAAACGUUCAUUUCUGGAGACCAGAAAUGGAAGAUUCAACUCUAUCCCAAGGGAAAAGGCAAUGGAAUUGGUACUCAUCUUUCUCUUUAUUUGGCAUUGGCUGAUCCGAAAUCUCUUCCUCCAGGCUCUAAAAUCUAUGCAGAUUUUACACUACGGAUCCUGGACCAAGUGAAUGCAAGGCAUCAGUUUGGUAAAGUCAACUUCUGGUUCAGCGCCUCAAAUCCGGAGUGCGGUUGGUGGAGAUUCAUAACGCUGGGAUUUCUCAGCCAAGCAGGCAUGGGGUUUUUGUCGAAGGAUACUUGCACCGUGGAAGCAGAGGUCACUGUCCAUGGAAUUUCUAAUGCCCUGUAGUAUGAAAUUAAGGGGUUGAAUUUUCUUCAAUUUUCUCAAAUGUUUGAAAGAAUAAAAAAAAAACUCAUUUCCUUGUGACAUGGUUGUGUC